AUGCCCACCCCACUGCUCAUUGUCCUCAUCCUCUGCCUUGCUGCCUGCCUCCUGCGGUGUCAAGAGCCAGAGGAGAUGAAGAUGAACAUGGACACCAUGGAGAAGGAGCUGCAGCAGGGCUGUAGAGGUGCCCACCGCGCCAGGGAGAGGUUAAAUCAGCCGGAUGGGAAGCUGGCCCUCUGGAAGAAACGCAACUUCACGGGCAGCAUGAUUGAGAUCUACGUGUUCAAUUUCAGAACCGAGGACUUCAGAGGGUUAAACCUCAGUCACAGGAUGGAUGAGAAGCCGGGCGGUGGCAGGAGGUUCAAGCACGCCAUGAACUUCCCAGCCGAGCUCGUGGAGGGCAGCCGGGCCCGGGGAGUGGAGCAGGAGCUCGUCUGCAUCUACAUCCACAGCCCCUGCAUCUUCCAGGAUGCCCAUAACAGCUCUGUGCUGAACGACAACGUACUGGGAGCCUUCCUGCAGAGUGGGCACGUGGCCGGGCUCAGCCGCCCCGUGGAGAUCCAGUUCUGGCACGACAUGGUGCUGGAUGCCUCCAAUGCCACCUGUGUCUUCUGGGAGCCCAGUGCUGGCGCAGGCAGCACAGGCAGCUGGAGCAGGAAGGGCUGCAACACCACACACAGGGAAGGCACUGUUAUCUGCCACUGCGACCACCUCACCUACUUCGCCGUCCUGCUGCUCCCGGCGGGCACCCUGACCCCAGCCCAGCUGGCAUCACUCACCCACAUCACCACCAUCGGCUGCUCCAUCUCGGCUGCUGCCACCCUCUGCACCCUCCUGCUCCUCUGCUUCUCCAGGCAGCGGCUGAGGGACAACACAACCAGGAUCCACAUGCACCUCCUGGUCUCACUGCUCCUGCUCAAGCUGAGCACGCCGCUGGCUGCCAGCGCCGAGGGGCUCUGCCGGGUCACUGCUGCCCUGCUGCAUGCCUGCCUUCUCUGCACCCUGGCGUGGAUGGCCACUGAGGCCUUCCACCUUUUCCUCCUCCUCGUCAAGGUCUACAACAUCUAUAUCCAGCACUACCUCCUCAAGCUCUGCCUCUUUGCUUGGGGUGAGUGGGCACCUGGCUGGCCCUGCCUGCCCGCAGCAUGGCUGCCCCGGCAUGGCCCCACACAGCCUGUCCCUGUGCCCGCAGGUCUGCCCACGCUGGCUGUGGUGGCUCUUUUCAUCUUCAAGAGAGAUACCUAUGGGUACUACACCAUCAGCACCUCUGAAGGCUACAGGAACGUGACUAUGUGCUGGCUCACCAGCCCGCCGGUCCAUUAUGCCACCCUCUGCUACACCGGCCUCAUCCUGCUCUUCAACAUGCUGGUGCUGGGGAGGGUGGUGAUGAUACUGCGGCGGAUCCGGCGGCAGAAGGGGCAGGUGAGGAAGGACUGGGCCACAGUGCUGGGGCUCACCUGCCUGCUGGGGACCACCUGGGGGCUGAUCUUCUUCAGCUUCGGCGUCUUCCUCGUCCCCCAGCUCUACCUCUUCACCAUCCUCAACUCCCUGCAAGGUCUCUUCGUCUGCCUCUGGUACAUCACUGUGCACCGCCGGAGCAAGCUGGGCUCUGUCAGCAACACCUCCAGAUAA